UUUCCACGUCUGGUGCAUCAACAGCCAUUAGACCCGAGCAGGUAGACGUAAAUCUAAGGCGUAUCGCGACUGAUGAAGAUCAACAUGAUCAACUUCUUGAACAGGAAGAAGGAGAAAGAGUACAAGGUGGAAAGGACGAUGAGCUAUCACCACAUCCCAUAUCGCGUUCGCGGGCAGACUAUCCAGCUCCAGUUGGCGGACCAAUUUUGAACCGCUUGAUCUUAGUUUCGCCGUGGUGUGACCAGAGCGCCAAUGAGUGGAAUACGCCGAGCUACCUUUCGAAUCGCGUGAGUGAUAUGCUUCAUCCAGAGACAGUGAAAU